AUGUCGUCGAACGACCCAGUCGCCACUGCCUCCGGUAACACAAGCACGAUACUCAGCAACCUGGAGUACUUGUUCGUCUACAACGGUCUAGCAGACGUGAUAGCUACUGAGAGUCAAAGAGACGGACGCACAGGCCCAUUUGCCGAUGCGUAUGCUAACGCCCAGAUGUCUCUACGAUUGCCUGCGGCGGUUAAACUAAUCAUGGUAGCCCAUCUCGCAUCGAAGAAGAAGAAUGACCAGGGAUCUGGUGGCAACAACCAAGGAGUUGAAGGUAAUGAACACGCUGGCCAGGAAUACGACGAUGGCACAGGUAGCAGUGCAGGUGACCGGAAUUAG